AUUGUCUUUGAAGUGCUUCUCAUUUCAUUUUGUUGUAAGUUGGUUCCUGCUUUAAAUUCCAAGAACCAAAAAGUCGUGCAGUGAGCCGCCUGGUUAGUCUAGCUUAUAUUUCUUUUUUUCUUUGCUUGGACUCUCUAAUUGAGUUUUUGUUCUAUAUAUUGUCCAUGUAUGAACUAUUAAUGUGACCUGGCUUCCAGUACGAAGAAUUUAUUGAGUUUUUACUUUUUAUUGCUAGCUGGUAGUCAACUGGGUAACUGAUAAGUGAAAUGGAAUUUUCAGAUUUACUUUGUUCCAUGAGCUUCUAAUCUACUUUUGAAUUUAUCGGCUUCAUUACCUUUGUUAUUUUAAAGAAAGAAAAAGAUGCAUUACAUUAGUACAGGCUGCAUACAAGAAUGCAAUUGGAAACUAAGACCUAGUUAUAAAUGUAUCAAGGAACUGAUGCCUCCAUGCCAAUCCUUGUCAGCCCUGGCAGUCACAGGCAUAAUCCAAUGACUGAGAUAUAUGAAGUUGUGUUCUUUUGGCAAGUUGAUUGGGGAAAAACAUGUUGGUAGAUUCUGAUCUUGAUAAUACUCCUUUGAAGCAUGGCACCACGAACUAUUCGUCUGUCAUCCAAAAGAGCACCUCCUAGACUUCUUUUCGUCAUUCUUCUUGUACUAAUACCAAUUUGUCUCAUUGGAACUUUUACUCAUGUACGGAAAAUAUCCUAUUUUUUCCGCCCACUUUGGGACAAGCCUCCUCAUCCUUUCAAUCACCUAUUUCAUUAUUACGCAGAGAAUGUUUCAAUGGAACAUCUUUGCCACCUCCAUGGUUGGUCCCUACUCUCUCAACCUCGACGUAUCUUUGAUGGCAUUAUAUUCAGCAAUGAGCUGGACAUGCUUGAGAUCAGGUGGCGUGAGCUUCAACCAUACAUUACAAAAUUUGUAAUCCUAGAAUCGAACACCACCUUUACAGGCAUCCCAAAACCUCUUGUCUAUGCCUUGAACCAGGAUCGGUUUGCCUUUGCUGAGGAGAAGAUUGUUCAUGGUGUAUUUCCCGGCCGAGUUGCAACCCUAGAGUCGCGUGAAGACCCAUUUGUACUUGAGUCAGAGCAGCGGGCUGCUAUGAAUGGAUUGCUUCGCCGUGCAGGGAUUUCAGCUGGAGACUUGCUCAUUAUGGCUGACACUGAUGAGAUUCCAAGUACACACACUCUGAGACUGCUGCAAUGGUGUGAUGGAGUACCACCUGUACUGCACCUUGAGCUUAGGCAUUACUUGUACUCAUUUGAAUUCCCUGUGGAUUACAGCAGCUGGAGGGCCUCGGUCCAUAUCUAUAACCCUUGGACACGGUACAGGCAUUCACGUCAAACCGACGCGAUCUUGUCUGAUGCAGGCUGGCAUUGUAGCUUUUGCUUUCGGCAUCUUCAAGAAUUCGUGUUUAAGAUGACUGGUUACAGCCAUGCAGACCGGGUUAAAAAGAGAGAGUUUCUAAACUAUUCCAGAAUACAAAAACGCAUUUGCCGUGGGGAUGAUCUUUUCGACCUGCUCCCUGAAGAAUAUACCUUCAAGGAACUGAUUAAGAAGAUGGGACCAAUACCUCGUUCAUCUUCUGCAGUUCAUCUCCCCGCAUAUUUGAUAGAAAAUGCAGAUAAGUUUAGGUUUCUUCUACCCGGUGGAUGCUUACGGACACCAUAAACGGUAUUGUGUGUCCUGCCCCUGAAAGUAAUAGGAAGGAGAUGAUUAGAUUUAGUACCGAAUUAAACUUAAUUUAGUCCCAUUUUCGCUCUACCAUCAAAACAACCUUCUCCGAAAACAGGAGUAGGGUUGUGCAGUAUUUAUCUGUAGAUGAUACAAUGUAUGGAGAAUUGAAGAUGUAGCUCUGUUCAGAAGGGCAUUUGCAGA